AUGGCUCCAGGUAUGUUCACCACUGUCUGCAUCUCCGAAUUUACUCUCACCGGUGUAGGCGGCAAAGAAUCUGAGCAACAAUGGCCUCCACGAUCCCCGCACGAAGCGCUUCUUAGCACACCCAAAGGCCGGGAACGAUACCGCGAGAUGCUUCAAACCUCUCCGAGCCCUUCGCCCUCCCGCAACGGUCGCUUCAAUGCAAAUCCCUUGGUGUCUGCGAGCAACGGACUCGGAAUCCAAGACGCGAGCGACGACGACGAGGAAGACGAGGAGACUCUUCAGCUCAAGCUACAAGAGAUACAAGCAAAGCUACGACUCAAGAAGCUACAAAAUGCGAGAGUCAAAACAGAUUCUGGGGUCAAUGUGGGUGGAAGAAUUGCGCUUUCAGCCUCGCCUUCCAUCUCAGACCGUCGACAAGUGCCUAAGAGCCCAGGAGGCAAUCAGAAUGCCAUUCAGAUCCCAGCGUCGCCUGUACGAAAGCUUCAGGCCCCGCAAAUACAGACGUCGCCUAGUAGAGUGCUCUUAGGUAUUGACAAGGGGCUGACGGCCAAAGACGUAUCGUUGAAGCGGGCUCCAAGUCACAAGCGUCUCAACAGCGCGCUGAGUCCACGGUCAGGUGCUGGCCCGCUCACGGCGUCUUCUACGGAAGCUGCUGCGCCAGCAAGCAGUUUCAGUGAGCGUCUUGCAGGACUCAGAACAGAAGCAGCAUUCCGCAAAGAACGUCAGGCCAAGAUCCAAAGCGUUCGUUCCAAUGCUUUCGCGAUCGGAAGGGCUGAGAUGGAUAACUACAAGAAGGAUGCUGUCGAAGUCCCAGACGUCCCGUUGGCACCACCUCUGUUUACGAGAGAGCAAGUUCUGGGCAAGAAAAAGUCUACAGAUGGUUUUCUGACGAGGAGUCGCACAGCUCCAUCUGGCAAGCUUACAUACGGCACCACCGAAGAUUUAGCCAACAACGCCGGUACGACUUUAUCCCUGGGCCCAUCAACCGAGAAGGAGCAACCCUCCUACGAGCUCUACUCUAGCUUUCAUCUCUCUCGACGUAUUCUUCCGCACAAUGUCCUGACUCGCGGUGUACUUGACAAGAAAUCAUACAGCAUCAAAGACUUGCUGCGCGAUGUUAAAGCACCCGAUUUCAGCCUGCCCGAUGUGGAACAGGAUAUUGUCGUGUUUGGCAUCCUUGCGAAGAAAUCAGAGCCUCGCUCACACAAGGCAGGGACAGGCAAGAACAAGGAUGAAGACAGAGGCAAAUAUAUGGUCAUGACCCUAGUCGAUCUGGAAUUCGAGGUUGAUCUGUUCCUUUUCAACAGCGGCUUUGAGCGCUUCUGGAAGUUGAGCGAACGCACCGUUGUUGCUAUUCUGAAUCCAAACAUUAUGCCUCCGCCGCCAGGAAGACAGGAUACAGGGCGCUUUAGUCUCGUUAUCAACUCUGACGAGGAUACCAUCUUGGAAAUCGGCAUUGCUCGUGAUUUGGGAUUCUGCAAGUCUGUGAAAAAAGAUGGCAAACCUUGCGGCUCGUGGAUCAACAAGAGGCGAACAGAAUUCUGUGAAUUUCACUCAAAUGAAGCGGUCAAGAAGCAAAGGUCAUCACGAAUAGAAAUGAACAACAGCGGAUUCGGCGGGCAGACCCGCACCAAGAUCCCGGGCUUUGGACACCGCGAUUGGGUGCCGAAAAAGAACACGAAUAACAGUUUUGACCGCGAGACGCAGACGCAUUGGUUUGCGGCACGCUCGAUGAGUUCAGCGGACUUGAUAGAUGGGAAAGAUGUCAGUCUUGGGGAUCGGAAAGAAAGGGCUGAAUUUUUGAAGAGGAGCCUGGAGGCGAAAGAAAAGGAGAGAGAAAUCAUGAACAAGCUGGGGCAAAUAGGGAGCGCUGCCGGCCGAGAGUAUAUGAAAAUUUCCGGGGCCAAGGCUACGGCAGGUUCACAGCCCGGGAGUCUAGCCGAAGCUGCACUCAGUACAGCAGACUCAGAGUUGGAGGCCGCAAAACAGGACCUGUUGCGAGGAGGAGCUGAUCGACAUAUUCAUUUGAGCCCAGUCAAGCGGAAACGCAACGACAGCUCGCAGUCCAGCGUCGUGACCAGUGCUAGUAACAGGUCAUCGGCUUACGGCUGGGGCAGUGACCUCAGAGAGAAGCUGUCGAACAUGAAGUCAGCGAGUGCAGGGCAACCAAAACCCUCACGCUCGCCAGUCCGCAAGAAGACGCGCUUCGUCACGGAAAAGGGCAUUCGUGAAGCUGGGAGGGAAAGCCUGGGCAUGGAUCUUUCUACGAGGCAGAUUGCCAUGGAAGAUGACGAUGAUGAACUGGAAAUCAUCCACUGA